AAGAGCCCCGCCCACACCGGACUCCAGUAGUCGCUCCGCGCGCGCCCCUCGCUCACUAUCGCACCUGUCCGCGGACAUGAACACCUUCAUCUUCCUCUUCUGAAAGCUGAUGGAGUGUGACGGGGAUCCGGGCGUCGCGCGCGUCAAGCGUCAGGCCGUGAAGCGGCACCAUCACAAACACAACCUCAAGCACCGAUACGAGUUCCUGCAGACGCUCGGGAAAGGCACGUACGGGCGCGUGAAGAAAGCCGUGGACCGAUCCGGUAGAACGGUGGCCAUAAAGUCGAUCCGUAAGGAGAAGAUCCGGGAUGAGCAGGAUCUGAUGCACAUCCGGCGCGAGAUCGAGAUCAUGUCGUCUCUCGCUCAUCCGCACAUCAUCAGCAUCCAUGAAGUGUUCGAGAACAAGGAGAAGAUCGUGAUCGUGAUGGAGUACGCCAGUAAAGGAGAUCUGUACGACUUCAUCUGUGACAAGCAGCACAUCCCAGAGAGCCAGGCCAGACACUUCUUCAGACAGAUCGUCUCUGCCGUACAGUACUGCCACCGGAACGGUAUUGUUCAUCGCGACCUGAAGUUGGAGAACAUCUUGCUGGACGACAACGGCAAUAUAAAGAUCGCUGACUUCGGGUUGUCAAACCUGUACCAGAACGAUCAAUUCCUGCAGACGUACUGCGGCAGUCCCCUGUACGCGUCGCCUGAGAUUGUGAACGGCAGGCCGUACAGAGGACCGGAGGUGGACAGCUGGUCUCUGGGCGUCUUGCUGUACACGCUGGUCCAUGGAGCCAUGCCUUUCGACGGACAAGACCACAAGAAGCUGGUCCAGCAGAUCAGCACCGGAAACUACCGCAAACCCACCAAACCAUCUGAUGCGUGUGGUUUGAUCCGCUGGAUGUUGAUGGUAAACCCAGAGCGUAGAGCUACGUUGGAGGAGAUCGCGGGUCACUGGUGGCUCAACUGGGGCUAUCAGCUCCCUCUACUGGCUCAGAGCGAACCUGCAGCUGCGCAUCAGGAGCCAGGACAUGCGGCCGCUGCGUGUCAAAUUGGUGGCCCGACUCGUAUCGCAGACUGGCUACGCCGCACAUCUCGUCCUCUUCUGGAGAGCAGCUCUAAGAUGCGCUGCCUGUUGCGGACAAGUGGGGCCACCGGAGGAGAACCGGUCCAGCGACAGCGCUCCAUACGCAGGUCGCGCAAAGAAAACAACGUCUCGCAGACCAUGCAGGAAGCUCCUCGCCCAUCUAAAGGGAUUCUAAAGAAGCGGGGGAGUCUUAAACAGAAAGCGCCCAGUGACUCCCAGGCUACACCCUUGGAGGAGAAAAGCCAGAACGCUUUGGCACCAACUGUCCUUCCUCCACCUCCUAAAGGCAUCCUGAAGAAGCCUUCGGAAAGCGAAUCAGGCUAUUAUUCCUCUUCUCCAGAGAACUCCGGACAGACUCUUGGGAACCCGUCACCGGUGCCACACCGCAAGGGGAUCCUCAAACGGCACGGCAAGUUUUCCGGCGGCCUGCAGGAAUUCGGCUCGCUGGACCAGCUUGCACCCUCCUUACCAACGGUGGUCAACAGAUCCAGACCGAGCGGCGCGAUCAGUGAGGAUAGCAUCCUCUCCUCGGAGUCCUUCGACAGACUUGACCUACCUGAGCGCGAGAUUCCAGUCGCCCCAAUGGAGCGACCAGCAGGUGGACGGAGGAUGCGAGGAUGCGUGUCCGCUGACAAUCUCCUCGACUUGAGGGAAGAGUCCCAGUACCAGGGACACUGGGAAAUAGAUGUGGCCUGCUACCGCGCAGGAGUGUCCGAUAGCGUGUUUUCAAUAUCUGACUGCGAAAACGUCACUCAGACUUAUAAACAAGCCUUGGGAGCAACCGCAAGCUGAAACGCACAGAGACUACGAUGUGCAGAGAUGACGCAACUCUAGGAAAAGGAAGCCGGCUAGGAAAGUACUUGGAAAUGUUCUGGAGCAAUUCCAGACAAAGAGUGGUCAGGGAAUGGCCCAGCAGGAAAUCGGCCUUCAUAGAGGACAGGACAUCCUGUUUAGGACAUGCAUUUAAUUUUGAGGGAACAGCAGUUUGUGUUGUAACAUGCAAAAGAGUGGUUUUUAUUAUGUAGACUUGGUUUGAGAAAAAUGCCUUUUAUUUCGUCAGCUGCCUUGCUCCCAGUCAUGAACAACUGACUGGUUAUUCUUAGAAAUGUUUUCAAAUGACUGUUUAGGGUGUUGGCUAGUCAAAAAAAAAAAUACCAAAGAUGACUCGUGAUAAAGUUUAGAACCAUUGUGAGUACAGUUUGUUUUUAAGGUGAAUACUGGUUUUAGAACACAACAACAGCACUGUGCAAAAACUCACAGCUCUUGAAGAUCGUUCCCGCCAAUUUCUGACUUUUACAACAUGCUUGAUCUGCUCCGAGUUCACAGGUGCACGGAUACAAUAAUCUACUGUCUGUUUAUGACUGUAUGCAGUCCAGACUUUAGUUUUGCAUCUGUUUCGUGAUAAGAAUUGUGCAGAUAGGAGUGUUUGAACUGCUUCCAUAUCGUAGUUUAUUAGGAUGGUAAAAUACAAUGUGACCUUUCAGAGUAAGAUUAAACUAAAAGCGCUUCUCAAGUUUUAUUACAAACAUUCUGCGUGUUGAAAUGGUGAGAUUUAAUGGAUGUUAACAACUGUGUGGUUACAGCUAUUUAGGACUGGGAUGGAAGGGUGUUUUGGUGUCAUAGUGGGGUGUUUGGGGUCGUCAGUAAAUCUGAACUCUCCAUACAGUUUUUGUGAGUCCUGUGUAAUUAACAGGAGCUCGGAGUGUCACAGCUCGAGAUAAACCAGGUAAUGAGUUGCCAUUCUUCUGUUUGGUGUUAUAUUUUGUUUGAGUUCCUGCAUGUUUAUUUGCCAAAGUGCCUGAUCUAUCUGCCCUGAUGUCUCUUUGACUCAACAAUAAAACAAAUGGAAAAAAGUGUGCAACAAA